ACCUGAAGGACAUGUCACAGAUGGUGCUGCGGACCCGAGGUCCCCGCACCAUCUUCACCGGCCACCGCCUCAUCCUCCACGUGGACUUCAGCGACGCGGAUAAAGUCGGCGUUUUCUACGGUGGCAACAGCGUCGCGCUGGAGGAGUACCAGCACGUGUUGGGGCGCUCGAAGCUCACCUACACCGUCAAACCCAGCCGGCAUCAGGAGGAGAGCGUCUUCUACGUGGAGGGGCUCGCCUUCCCCGACACCAGCUUUUCGGGGCUGGUGGCUCUCCACGUCACACUGCUGGAGAGCCCCGAGAAGGAUUCGCUGGAGACUCCGAUUUUCACCGACACGGUGGUUUUCCGCGUGGCGCCGUGGAUCAUGACCCCCAACACAGCAGCACCGCUGGAGGUUUUCGUCUGCAGUGUGGAAAACAACCAGGAUUUUGUGGCGGCUGUGGGCGACUUGGCCAAGAAAGCCAAGUGCCCGCUCACCGUCUGCCCGCCGCUGGAGAACCGCGAGGACCGCUGGAUCCAGGACGAGAUCGAAUUUGGCUACGUGCAAGCCCCCCACAAGACCUUCCCCGUCGUCUUCGACUCGCCCCGGGAUCGGGAGCUGAAGGAUUUCCCGGUCAAGCGCAUCCUGGGCCCCGAUUUUGGUUACGUGGCCCGGCAAGCACCGGAGGGUACUUCCAGCCUUGAUUCCUUUGGUAAUUUGGAGGUGAGCCCCCCCGUGACAGUGCGGGGCAAGGAGUACCCCUUGGGCCGCAUCCUGAUCGGCAGCAGCUUCCCCAGGUUUGGUGGUCGGCGGAUGGCGAAAGCCGUCAAGGAUUUUCUCGUCGCCCAAAAAGUGCAGGCGCCGGUGGAGCUGUUUUCGGACUGGCUCGUCGUCGGCCACGUAGAUGAGUUCCUCAGCUUCGUCCCCGCGCCCGAUCGGAAGGGUUUUCGGCUGCUCCUAGCCAGCCCCAGUGCCUGCUACCAGCUCCUUAAGGAGAAGCAAGAGGAGGGGUUCGGCGAGGUGGUGAUGUUUGAAGGCCUGCGGAAGGUGCCCAAGCCGACGAUAAACGAGAUUCUGGCUAACGAAGGUCUCCGGAAAUUCAAUGGCUUUGUCCAG